GGGCAAAAUGUUUGACCAAAAAAACAAAUGGACGCCCCGGCCCGACGCAGCAGCAGCAGCAGCAGCAGCAGCAGCACGGGUCAACAAGCGGGAGUUUUUGUUGUUCCACUGUUUGUGUUUGCUUUUUCUCCCUCUCUUACUGACGUUUACUCUCUCUCUAUCAUUUUUCUGUUUUUUCUUUCUCUCUCUCCUUUUUUCUGGCUGUGUGAGCGCUAGCGCGGUGACAGAUGGCGGGGGCCUCCUCCUCCCCCUCCACCCCUACAACCACCUCCUCUCUCUCUCCUCUUCUUCUUCUUCUUCUCCCUCUCUCUCUUACUCUCUCUCCUCCAUGCCUCUCAUCCCCCGGGGAGGGCAAAUCUCUUCGAAUGCGGGCGCAUGUCAAUCACCGGGCUCUCAUGUGAUGGCUCUUGCCGGUGACGUGCCAGCCAUAUGGGCGCUGGCAUCACUACCUUAGCUGGUAUGUAACCUCCGUCCCGGGUAGCUCUCUCUCUCUCUCUCUCACUCUCUCUCUCUCUCUCUCUCUGCCUCUGUCUCUCUCUCUCACACACACACAUUUGCAUACACUCACGUCUUUACGCACUCACACUUAAACACACAGACACGCCAAGACGCACGGUGCGUUCAUUAAGCUCCGCUUAUUCGAGUGUGCGCUUUGGGAGAAGAGGACACGAGGAAGAGAAGGAGAAGGAGAAGAGGAGCUCCAGCCCCGUCAGCGCCACUGAGGAGACGUUACCGCUGCCUCUUCCUUUGGCACUUUUAUGAAGGAGAAUCGUUCCCCUGUCAUUAUUCGCGACGCUCAAUGAAAAUGCUCUGAACGUAGACGCGUCUUUUUCUUCUUUUUCUGUUUCUUCUUCUUCUUCUUCUUCUUCUUCUUCCACCUGAUCCUCCUGCUGCCAAGAGCUCGACAGAGCCACGAUGUUGACCCGGCUUUUCACUGACCCCUCGCUGCUUCCAGACGUGCAGAAAUACUCGGGCUGGGCGGAUGACAGUGAAGGGGAGGACGGCAAAAUAAAGGACGAGGAUCCGGACACGCACGACGACAUGGACCCCUCUGAGCUGACAGAGGGCAGCAGGGCGCACUCCGAAAUCGCCGGGGAGGACGACGACGACCUGGACGAGGAGGAGGACGGAGAGGACACGGAGGGAGACAGGCCCAAGAAAAGGGGGCCCAAGAAGCGCAAGAUGACCCAGGCCCGCGUCGAGCGCUCCAAGAUGCGACGGGUAAAGGCCAACGCGCGGGAGCGGACCCGCAUGCACGACCUAAACUCUGCGCUGGACAAUCUGCGGAAAGUCGUGCCCUGCUACUCCAAGACGCAAAAACUGUCCAAAAUUGAGACGCUGCGUUUGGCUAAAAAUUACAUCUGGGCUCUGUCUGAGAUCCUGCGCUCUGGGAAAAGGCCAGACCUCGUGUCUUACGUCCAGACACUGUGCAAGGGACUGUCCCAGCCAACCACCAACCUGGUGGCAGGAUGCCUGCAGCUCAACUCCCGCAACUUCCUGACGGAGCAGCAGUGUCAGGACGGGGGCAGGUACGGUUCCGGCUCCUUCUCCAUGCACUCCUACCCGUACCAGUGUGCGCGUCUGUCCAGCCCGCACUGCCAACCGGGCUCGAACUCGCACCCACUGAGGACGCAAGGCUAUUGCUCGGCUUACGAUUCUCUUUACGGUGGGGGCGCGUCCCCAGAGUACAACAGCCCCGAGUACGAGGGGCCCAUCAGCCCCCCUCUCUGCAUUAACGGCAACUUUUCCCUCAAACACCAGGGCUCCGCAUCCCCGGACAACGAGAAGGGUUACCACUACUCUAUGCAUUACUCCGGCCUGCCCGGCUCCAGAGCCUCGGGGACGCACAACCUGGUGUUUGGGUCCUCGGGGGCUCGGAGCGGCAUUCACAAUGAAAACGUUCUGCCUUACCACGACAUGCACUUACACCACGACCGUGGGCCGGUGUAUGAUGAACUGAACGCGUUUUUUCAUAAUUAAUAACAAAAAAAUAAAAAAUAAAAAAAAGACAGACAGACAUUUUGUGCGUCAUAUUGCAAUCAAAAAUCCACCCGCGCCCCACAGUUUGGAUCAGCCGUGACUCUGAUGUUCCGGACAACUGUUUAACCCACUGUCAACUGAGAUUUUACUUGAAUUUACGCAGCAUUCAAAGAAAUGGUUUGCGGUAGUCAAGAAUGUAGUGGAAGGAAAUGAUGGUUUGCGCCAAAAUGGAUCCAUCAAACUAAAAAAAAAUAAUCAAUUGAUCAAAUUGAUAACAUUCAAGUGUUAAAUGUAUUUGUUUGAGUAAUUGACUUGAUGUCAUUUAUUCACUAUCUACGUCACUGACGUCACUGACUGAAGCUUCACGACCAGCUGACGUUGGCGGUUGUUCGUCUAAAUCAACCAAUAAGCUGAAGCAGCUCACACCGUUCUCACCUUUACACGCGGGAUUUGGAGGUGGAUGUUCGUGUGAUCAUUUUUCUCUCAUUAAUAACAUGUGAGGAGACGACAGUGUGUUAAGUAGGGUGCUCCUUGAAAAAAAAAAAAGUUUGUUGUCCUUCAACUCAAAUCAGUCCAGUUGUUUUACAUCUAUGCAAAAACCCAACACGACCCACUCUCACACACACACACACACACACACACACAGAUUUAUACAUACAUUCUUGCACAAAAUCAGCAUAGAACAGCUCUGACAAUUGCUGACUUUUUAGUUUUUAAUUCAUUCCUGAUUUAUUUACUGGUCUGAAUU